AUGCAACCGGAGGGUUCCUUACCAGCCGCAUCGGCUGGGGCAACUCCGCCCUCGGGGUUUAGUCGCAGUGGCUAUUCAUCAGCUAACAACUAUGGGGUUUCUGCAACUUCUCCUAAGGCCGGCCUUCCUGCAACGAGGAAACAUGCUAUAAAUGAGCCUAAUACGUGGGGAAUUAAAAAGGCAUCCAGCAUUCUUCUAGAGCUGGAAGCUGGAAAGAGGGAGGCGGAAGAAAGGAAUGCUCUAAACUCAAAACUUUUCGAGCUUGGCACAGAAUUGAGCAAAGUCAGGCGAGUAAAUGACGUUCUGGAGGCGGAGAAUGCCGAUCUGCGCGAACGUAUUUUGCAUCAACAGCAAGCGUACCCAGAGGCGGAGGAAAUCCGCGCUCUCGCUCGACGCUACGGACCAGAGUUGGCCAAAAGUAUUACCCUCUUGAUUGACGAGAACAAGUCUUUGAGGCUGAAGUUGCAGGCUUCCAUUCGUGCACAGGCCCGCUUACAAGGCACCGCCACAACUUUGGGCAACGCAUUGAGAGACCAUGAGGAACGUGCUUACGCAAGGGAACUUACAUCGUCGGGACGAUCUGACAGCCAAACAAAGGAUGACAGAGUCCGCUAUCUCACCGCAACUACGCACGGGAUACAGAUGGGUGGUCAAAGUGGCUCUGUCGAUCGGCAGGGGCCACAGUCUGUUGGAAACUUUGUUAGUCGAUAUUGCGCUUGCUCCCAGAAGCUUCAGGAAAUUUUGGAUUGCAUCGAUUCCCAAAUGGGGGACUAUGAGAGGGGAGUAUGGCAGACACAUAUCAAUGUAUUGGAGGAGGAGCGAGAUAGCCUGAUGCUGAAGACUAUCGUCAUGAGGCAGCGAUUGGCGGAAGUACAGGCAAGAAUUGUCUCUGAUCCCUUUCUCGCUGCACGUUUUGGAGGAGCGGGGGCUGCUGAAGACGCGCUUGGGCCUGGUCAGGGGCGGAACGCGAUGAUGGACCUGAGGGACACAAUCGUUCAGCUUGCAACGGCACAAGUAGGUCUUUGGAAGCAGGUGAAUAUGUCGGAUGUCAACGCCGAGCUAGAGAGGCGACUGGCAACCGAGCGAAACAUCUCCCGCAGUUGGCAGGCAAACCUGAGAGCUCUGCAGCGAGAGCUCAGAGAUCAUCUGGCAGACCUCGCUGUUGCUGCGCGGGCGUCUGGGCUUCGAUGUGACAUGCUUCGUGGAACAAUUGCCCAGGCAGGGGAAGCGGCUGCGCUCAAGGAGAUUCAGGGAUUUACACGAAGCGAAAAGGAGAGCCUGCGGCUUCUCCGUCUUGCCAGGGACAGGAUAGCAGCCGAUGCGCACAGGAUCGAGAGCUACUCUAUCAGAGUGCGGGAGCUAGAGCAGGAAGUCGCCGAUCUGCGGUGCGACAUGACACGGCUCGAUACAGGAAAUAUAGAAGAAUGUGGAGAAGACGGUCAGGUGUUUGACUGCGGCUACAACCCUUCUGCUGAGCUGACGGCUUGCGUUGCUGCUCCUUCCGACACAGACUGUAGUGUCGCAGCACUGAGAACAGCCAAACAGUUGCUUAUCGAUCGCGAAGAAACAGAAAAGGUGAUACGAGCACUGGAAGACAGGAAGCGCCAGAUACAUGAGCAGCAAGAGAACAUUUUACCAGAAACGCAUUCAGCAAGGCUUGAUCUGGGGGACUCCACACAACCAUGCGAAGAUAGCAGUGCUCCCGGAAGUCUGGAAAUCCCUCAGGUGGAAGCUACCUUUUUCAGCAAUCAAAUUGGCUCCGGAAGUUCCCGUACAAAGUUGUGGGACGCACUAACGACAGAUCAGGCACGGGACAUACUCCGGCGACUUGCGGUGCUCCGGAGGAUAGCGAGUGAUGCGACUUCAUCCUUGGAUGAUAGACAGGAGCACAGUGGUUCUACGGAGAAGCCUUACGCCGAAGGUGCCCCCUCGGAAGGUUGGCAGAAGCUGAAACAGCUCAACAAAGACAUCGAUCAAAGAGAAGUUGCACUGCAGCAAGCUGAGGAAGCAAUGCAGGCUAGGUCAGCACUCCGCAGAGCAGAAGCUGAGCACAAGAAAAAGAUGAGGAGAAAAGAGGAAGAAUUUGAAGAACAAAGACGCAGAGAUGCCAUGGAAGCUCGCGAAGAGAUGAUGAGGCAACAGAAACAAUACGAGCAGCAGUUAGCAAAGGAAAGAAAUCGCUGCGAAUCUCUCAGGAAGGAAAUGGAGGUGCAGGCGAUGGAACUAGAUCUCCAGAGACAGCUGGCAGAGGAAAGGAUUCGAGAAAGAUCACAAAAACAAAGUUUGGAGCUGGAGGAGGAGUUGCAUAAGCUCCGCAUGAAGCACAGGGAACUGGAGUGUGAAAUGCAAAGAAUCAAAGCCGACGCAGCACGAGAGGCAUUGGCACUCAAGUCUGCUGCGACGGAAGAGAGGGCUGCUCUUUCUGCUGCUGCUCAGUCCGCCGAACGGAAGGCAAGCGAAGCGCUGAAGCUGGUAAAGGAGAAGGAGAUGGAGCUCAAGGAAAUGGAGGCAAAACUGCAGCAAUCCCAUACGGGCGGUCCAGUUUUACCACCUCCAGUUUACCACCCUUCCCAGAAUACAGCCAAGAAGGGCCAUACGACCGGCCUGAGGACUGAGGACGCAGCCCCUGAAAUCCUUUCGCCAAGAUCGUCCUUCAGGAAACUUGUUCUCGGAAGGUGUACAUCUCUUGCCAGUGCUUUCAACCACAUGGAUGUUGAUAACUCAGGGGUUGUCAAGAUCGGCGACUUCGCAAAUUUUGUUGACGACUUGGGCAUGAACCUGCCAUUUAGUGCUACACACGAGCUCUACAACACUCUUUGUGCCCCUUGCGAAGGCAUGCUGCUUCUCAGCAAUUUCUACAAAAACCUUCAAGGCGAGACGUGCACUUUGGCUGAGCUUCAUCGAAGGCUUGAAGAGGCAGACAAUGUAGACCCGGAGGAGGUGGAACGAGUGGAGCGAGAUGCAACCAAUGUACUGAAUAAUGUACUGAAUGUUUUCUCGGGAGCGGCCAAGGCUCCAAAACCUGAAGCAAAGAUUUGCAAACGCUCAUCCUUCAAGAAGCUUACUUACACCUCUACCCACAAGGAACUUGGAUUUAGCGCCAAUGAGGCACAGGUCGACGCGGUUCUUGCUGAUUUCCCCCCAUGGGAUUGCAUGUACCCGGAGGACCGCAAAGCCAUGAUAGGAGAUAUGAAGGCCCGAACAGUGACGGGGGGAGGACUGAUUCAAGCAGAAGACGAUCCCAGGUGCCCAUUGUUCGUCAUUCUAAAGGGGACUGUGGACAUACUAGAGCCGGGAUUUAUUCAAUACCGCCACGUCGAGAGCUUAAGCGCACCUUGCUUGUUGUUCUCGGAUAAUCUAAUUGAGGGAACACCGAACGUAGUUUGUGCCAAAGCAGGUGAAGGCGAAGAUGUCUUUUUGUACUCUCUUGAACGAAGCGUAUUCGAAAGGUCCUACGAGCCACUAGCUACACAAAGACAGAGAGAAGUGGAGGAUUACCAGAAGUUGCUCCGGAAAGUACCCGUGGUUAACAAGCUCACUCCGGAGCUGCUGAGAUGUCUUGCCGCGACCUUCAGGAAACAAACAUUCCAUGCAGGCGAGAAAAUCAUCGACAAAGGAGAGUCCGCAAACCGUGUUUUGAUGGUAAAGGAUGGGGAAGCUGUAGCAGUGGGGCUCACAGAUACAGACGAGGAGGUGGAGCUUCGAAUUUACGAACCACUUGAUUUUUUUGGCGAUAUUACAAAAGCCAAGAGUCGGUCCCACACUGCAUCAGUCAAGGCCCAGACAGAUUGCACAAUCUUGUCUAUUGAGGCCGACAUAUUCUACAGUGUCCUACGCAAGCUAGAAAUGGAAUUCCGGAGGCGAAGUGGCCGUAGUUCCACAGUGGACAGCGUCAUCGUAAAUUUGCACAAUCAAGGCAAAGAAGAUGAAGUAAACGAAGGGGACGAAGAUAUGCAGAAUCUCACAGGGAGCACCGAAGAACCUUCAGAAGACGCCGAGGUUUCCCCCAGCGGGGAUACUGAGAGUGCUCAGGCGACUACCACAGCGUUGGCUAUAUCUAAGCGAGAAAAGACACUCGUCGAUCAAGAACUCAUCGAAAGACUGCUGCAGGAAGACACCGAAAGGAUGAGGGAAGAAUGCAGUCUGCUUUUAGAAGCACUUCCAGUGUUGAAAGACCUACCAAAAGAGCGCCGGCAAGAAUUGUGCACGCGUAUGAUACUAGAAAUAUAUUUGCCGAACCAAGCAGUUGUAUUGCAGGGCGAAGCCCCUGAUAAAUUCUACGCUGUAGAGUCGGGAACACUCUCCAUCGAGAUCUACUUAGGAUGCGGAAAGAUGCAGAAGAUCGGGGAGCUGACGUCGGGGUCCUUUUUUGGAGAAAUGUCCAUAAUAAAGCGUGAACCAAGGGCAGCUUCGGUCAUCGCCCUUACGCCGGUCUACGUUUAUGCACUGAAAGCUAAAGACUUCGAAGACUUGUUAGGUGAUCUACAUGACGCCUUCCUGGAGCAUGCCAAAUUAAUGUAUAGCCAGAAAACUGUCAAAUCCAUGACGGGGGAGGACAAGCACACUCAGCUGGUUGUGGAGAUACGAGAGCGUGAAGUGAUUAUGCACGAGGGGGACCCAGCAGACAAGUUCUGCAUUGUACUUGAGGGAAUGGUUUCUAUCCAGAAGUCCCCCGGACCUGGGAAACCACGAAAAGAAGUCGCUGUAGUGAAGGCAGGAGAAUAUCUUGGGGAAAUCGGGUUUCUCAACAACCAACCUAGAACAGCAAGCUGUGUCGCAAAAACAAAGGUCAAGCUGCUGUGUCUAGGCCGCACUGAGUUUGAAAAGUACUUGGGCCACUUGGCAGAUGCCUUUUUACAACAAGCAGAAAGCUCGUACUCGACAUCUGAAGCUGAAAUGCCUGCAUGGCUCCUGGAUUCGAAGACGCAGGGAUCCUCUCACCAUAUUCAUGCACUUCCCGAUUCAAGCGACGAAACACACGAGGAAAAAGAGAAAUCCAGCCCACGGUCUUCAAAAACUGCCAAAAAUGUUGAGGCUAAAAAGCACAAGGAGAGGCGGGAGAAGAAAUUGGCGGAGGGUGUCUGUGAAGGUGAAAUCGUGGCUGCUGCUGCUCUAGAUAAUGAAGAGGAGGAAAAGAAGAGGAAGAAGAAGAAAUCGGGAAGUAAGGAAGCACCUAAAGAGAAGCAUGGACAAGCAAACAGCAGGAGCUCUCGGGCCGUUGCGCCCAUAUCCCCAGGUGACCUGGGUCGUCUGCGGGAGUUGGUUGUCGGCACAUUCAAGAACAAAUACGGGUCACUGGCCCACGCAUUUGCAGAAAUGGAUGUUAACAAAAGCGACAUUGUGGAUGCAGACGAGUUCUACGCCUUCACGAAAAAAAGCAAUAUUCGGGGAUUCCAGAAACAGGAGCUUGACGCCCUCUUUGACGAAUUGUGCCGUCCAAUCAAGGGCCGACUUGUCGUGGGCAACUUGUACCGUAAUGCUAGAGGGGUGGAGCCCACAGGUGCGGAAAUCCACCUACGGGCGGUUGAGAUUUAUGGGUCUGCAUUGGCUGCGUUCUUAAAAGUUGCAGGCCUUGAAGCCACCAGCCUUUGCACCAAGGAAAACUUCACGAGCCUGAGUUCCGAAGUUGGAGUUGACAGCGACAAGGCUGAACGGAUCUGGGAUGAAUAUGCCAAGGGGUGGGUUAAAAUUUCUGCGGUUCGUUUGGGCCCUGCGGAGGCGGUCACUUGCUAUGGGAACUAUUACUGUCAGCUGCUGCCCUGUAAUAACACUCCUUUAAUUGUUCCAAACCCCAAUAGACCAAGGCGCACUGCUUAA